AUGGAUUCAUUUGACUUGGUUUCUCGAUAUUCCUCAUAUUCAAAGUUACUUCGCGUGAUCGCGUACUGCAUUAGAUUCAUAGCAAAUCUUCGAAGGAAGAUUCGUUCAGAUAGCAUCCCCGACGAUCGAAAUAGUAACUUAACUGCUACAGAAUUACUCAAGGCAGAAAAGGUUCUAGUUGGUAUUGUGCAACGCAGUCAGUUUGCUAUAGAACUUGAGUCUCUCUUAAAAAAUAAACCGGCAUGCUCAAAAGGCCGAUUAACGAGUUUAAAUCCUUUCGUGGAUGAAACUGGGUUAAUCAGGGUGGGCGGAAGACUAAAACAUGCUAGAAUUGAUUACGAACAGAAACAUCCAAUGAUUCUUCCUACAUCGCAUCCGCUCACCACCUUGAUCGUUAGACAUGAGCACACCAGAUUAUUGCAUGCAGGAUCUCAACGAACACUUGCGUCGUUGAGAAACAAAUUCUGGAUAUUGUCUGGAAUUUUAAUCAAUAGCGCGGAUCGCAACUCUAAGAUUCAGAGCACUUUAGCACAAGAAGGCAUAGAAUGGCACCUAAUACCACCAUAUGCGCCACAUUUUGGUGGAUUGUGGGAGGGAGGUGUGAAGCAAGUAAAAACGCACUUAAGGAGAGUUAUUGGUGACCAACGUCUAACGUACGAGGAAUUAUAUACGACCCUUACGCAAAUUGAAGCUUGCUUAAAUUCCCGUCCUUUACAUCCUCUAUCCAGUGAUCCAACUGAUCUUACACCUCUAACAUCAGGUCAUUUUCUAAUCGGCGAUGCGCUAACGACACUCCCUCAACCUGAUGUAACCCAUAUAAACCAAAAUAGAUUGAACAGGUUCCAACUCAUUCAUCAGAUGGUGCAACAUUUUUGGAAACGAUGGCACCAAGAGUACCUUCAUGAGUUACAACAACGACACAAAUGGAAACUGGAUUCUUCUGGAGAUGUCAAAAUCGGAGCCCUAGUCUUAAUCAAGGAAGACAACAUCCCACCAAUGAGAUGGCGUCUGGGUAGAAUCACUGAGCUCCAUCAUGGACUCGACGACAUAACCCGAGUGGUAACACUAAAGACAAUAGACGGACUCACUAAAAGAUCCGUAACUAAAAUUUGUUUGUUACCAAACGCAGAAAACUCUGCUUAAGGACAACCAGUUUUAAUGUAUAUUGCGUAUAAUCCAAUUUACGUAUAAUCAAUCGUUAAUGUAAAAAUGUAUUCAUAGUUCUCUAUUGUUAACUGUAUAUAGAUUUCGACUUAGUGUAAAAUGUCUCUAGUAUUAUAACAACUAAUUAUUAAUUUAAUCAUUUUAAUAGCUUUGACCGCACGAACUAGGAAACGACAAUUGGUUUUGUUGAACGCGAGUCGUUCAAGGUGGGCGGUAUGUUUAGGCCCGUUAUUAAAUUUUUAGAAUUUAGUUCCAUAGCGAAGGGUCAGACCUUCGGUUAAUUUCUUUACCUAUAGCAGCAAUAACACCCAAGGAGUCGUUACAUUGUAUCGAGUAUUUUAGUUUAUUGCCUUACAUCUGAUUGCCAGAACCUUAAGCUUAACAGUAGAGUCCGUUAUUUUCAUUUUCUAUUCAUGUCGAGGUACUGCUUGGUUUUAUUACUUGCUAUGGUCAUUUUUUGGGAAAAACCCAUAUUCUUCAUACGUCACAAGCCUCCAUUUCCACCCCAUUUGUACAGCCAAUAGAAAUUAAGUAUUUUUCCCUCACCCUCACCAUGUAAAAACUGUAAGCGUGUAACGUACCUUCAUGUUCAUAAGAAAAAUGUCAUUCGCUUCUCAAUAUUCGACAUAGCAACAUCUUGUAUUAGUUUGUAUAGUCUCCAAGUUUUGGAGUGGUCCUUCGAGUAAGGAAAUAGUUAUAUACUUUAGAAUAAACACAAAUUUAGUCAGCAUAUUGCACCACGUGCAAUAUUUAACAAAGCUUGAAAGAAUUUAUUUCAACCACGAGCGUUAACAUUUGGUCCUUCGAGCCGGAUACCAGCAUCUUGGCAAUCAAGGAAUUCAUCUCGUACGGAAGCUAGGCCCACCGUUUGGACAUCCAGGAAGGAGACAGUGCAUGUCACAUCAUAGGACAUCACCCCUCUGGACGUGAUAGAAGCAGACGGCAAGGCACUUCCCAAAUCUUCGGCGGCUGUGAGAUCAGCGGGCAGCAGAAACAAGUGUUGUGCGCGAUAUUGUUGACACAAGUGUUCCACAGUUCAAUUAUAUCUUCAGUGGGCUGUCAU